GUAAGAUCUUGCCUCUAAUGGGCCCCUGUUUUGUGACUCAUGUGUCGGGCGUGCACAGAGUACAUAAGGACAACAGAUACCAAAGCCUUUACCUCCUACACUCUUUGUCACAAUGUCGGGAGCCACGACGACCCACGUUGACGGCGUACCCUUCCAGGACUCUGUGACCCACUCUGACACUGCCCCAGGCAGUAGUUUGCAGGUUCUGCCGGCUUCGUUCUACGCAUCGAGGCUUUCUCAUGCGUCACUCCGGAGGAGGGAAGAUGGAAUCCGUGCGCUCCUUCCGUUGGAGAGUCGUCCAGGCCUCAUCUCCCUUCUCGCUGGGAAGCCCAACUCGGAAACGUUCCCAAUCACUUCAUUACAAUUCAAUAUUCGUGACCCAUUUACUCCCAAUGGAGAGACCACCAUGCAACUCAGCGAAGAAGAGCUCAAUAUCGGCCUGCAGUAUACCUUAACUAGUGGCCUACCUGACCUGCGGGAGUGGAUCUUUGGACUGCAAGAACGUCUUCACGGUCGCAGGAAGGGUGAAGGUUGGACAGUCACUGUUGGUGCUGGAUCGCAAGACAUGAUAUUCAAGGGAGUGAACGCGCUCAUGAACCCUGGAGAUGCCAUUCUGGUCGAAACACCUGUCUAUGCAGGGACCUUGACGAUAUUUCAAGCACUAGAUGCCGAAAUGAUUGAGGUCGAGACGGACAGUCAUGGUGUCUGCUCACGCAGCAUGCGUGAGAUGCUCGAAAACUGGCCAUCAUCAAAACCGAAGCCGAAGUUCUUUUACACUGUGCCAUACGGCUCUAACCCUACCGGAAGCACUGCCACGCUCGAACGACGCCUCGAGGUUCUGGCCCUGAGCAGAGAGCAUGACUUCUUCAUCUUGGAAGAUGAUCCGUACUAUAACUUGUACUUCGGGUCAUCCAGCCGCCCGCCAUCCUAUUUCGAACUCGAGAAAGACCAGCCAGAAGUAGGCCGCGUGCUCCGCUUUGACAGCCUCUCGAAGAUCAUGUCGUCUGGGCUACGCGUUGGGUUCGCAUCUGGACCCGAGUCCAUUUUGAAAGCCAUGGAUCUGCACAGUAUGGCAGUGAAUCUGCAGGCGUCGUCCUUCUCACAGAUGAUUGCGCUCAAGGUUCUGUCGGCGUGGGGUUACGACGGCUUCACCGCACACACCGCGCGCGUGGCGCAAUUUUAUCGCCAGAAGCGGGACGUCUUCGAGGCCGCGAUGCAGCGACACCUCGCGGGGUUGGCCGAAUGGACGUCGCCCGAGGCAGGCAUGUUCUUCUGGUUCAAGCUCCUGUUAAAUGAACCAGGAUCGGGGGUCGAAGGAGAAGGCGACUCAGAGUACAUCAUCCGCACGACGGCGUUGGAGCGGGGCGUGCUCGCGCUCCCCGGUGCGACCUUCUACCCGAACCCGCGCAAGACGCCGUACGUCCGCGCGUCGUUCAGUCUGCUGCCCGAGGACCAGGUGGACGAAGCGCUGCGCCGCCUGCGCGAGGUUGUCCUGGAGGCACGCAAAGCCAACGGCUCGAAGCGUAGCUGAGCUAGAUUCCUCGCGGAUUCUGAUGCGCCUGACCUCCGCGCAUUUCGGAGGCGGGAGCAUCAGCUGAUG